AUGGAAUACCUUCAGCCACUGAGCUUUAGAAGUUUUGAUGGUUACGCUGCCCGGCGGCUAAAUCAGACAUCUGAAUUUGGAGCCUGGUUCGACGUAGUCGUUGACAACUUGGGCCGCAGUAUGCUUUGGAAUUUACUGUAUGAGUGGGGACAUUUUAUAACCUCUUUAGAAUGGUGCGUUUUUGUCUGCACUCACAACUCCAUGGGAGCCGAAUGGAAGAAAAGGUUUGACCGCAGUCCCUGGUGGGCUCAGAGCGUCAUGGCAAACGGUUUUAAGACUCCUGCAGGUGCGGUGGCUAUUGCUGGAUUACACGUCCUUCCCAUUUGGCUGUAUGGCUAUGAAAAAGAGUUUCUAACAGAGGUCUUAUUGUUGCCCAUUGCAGCUCAACAAGCUGGGAUAGUUAUUCUUGUUGUUGGGAGGCUACUAUGUUUUCCUGUAGAGAUCUGGUGCCUUUGGAUACACAUAAUGUACCUGACCGAUGACCGGAAAGAAACUAAAAACAAAGAUUGAUGGAACAAUCAAACAUAAAUGGACUCGAUACAAUUUUAAGUGCUCAGGACACAGCAGCAAGCUUCCUAAUUUGGUGUCUCGCGCCAGCAGAUUACACCAGAAACGAGGCAGGUGAAUGGACUUGACGCAAAGCACAGAUGUCUCAAACCCAACAAUGUCUUGGUGCUAUUAUUAUUAUUAUUAUUAUUGGUUACAUGUUAACUCUCGCUUCUUCCCCAUCCCGAAAAGGGGACUGACCUUUGGGAACCAUUUUCCUUUGUUUGAAAAGGAGUAGAUAAAUUAAAAGAGAAACUAAGAUGUGGUUCUUUUUAUUUCCACCUACCCCAAAAUUUCAAUUGUUCUCAAAAAAAAUCAUUGAGUUUUUUAAAAAAUAAAAAAAGCGA